UUGACUUCAUAAGAUUAACUUGGGUAUCAUUCUUCAUUAAUGGACGAAGGGAGUGUGUCGACUUGAAACAUUCAUAGUGUUGCCGUGGUCAUGAAACUUUACUAAGCUGCCCUUUGUCUCCACGACGACUCGAAUUGCUGCUCUCUGCUUUUGUAUGAGGAGUGAUGCUGUUUUGAGUUUUGACUAAACACAUCGGAAGGCGUGUUAUAGUUCAUCAGGAGAAACACAGAUGGACAGACAGCUGCUGGAAGCAGCCACAUCUGGUGACACCGUAUCAAUGAGGCACAUUGCUUUACAUGAUCCAGGCGUGCUGCUGGGAGAAACUCCACAGGGGAACACCUGCCUCCAUGUAUCCUCCAUCAGUGGCCAUGAGAGGUUCUGCAGGGAUGUUCUGGCGCUUAACCCGUCUCUCCUCUCCGCCGUCAACGCAGGCGGCGAGACACCGCUGAUCACCGCCGUGACAAGUGGCCAUGUUUCUUUAGCUUCUGUUUUUCUCAGAUGCUGCCGUGAACGACGACUUGAUGAGGCAAUUGUGAGGCAAGACAGCAACGGGUUCAAUGUGCUGCAUCACGCCAUUCGCAGUGGCCACAAGGAGCUCGUGCUGGAGUUGAUAGCAGCAGACCCUGCCUUGUCGAAAGCUGUGAAUAAGUACGGUGAGUCACCCAUGUUCAUCGCGGUGAUGAGGGAUUUCACGGAUGUCUUCGAGGCACUGCUGCAAAUCCCUGAUUCGGCUCACUCGGGAAUCAGUGGAUUCAAUGCUCUGCAUGCGGCAGUGAGAAAUGGAAAUUCAGAUAUUGCUAAAAGGAUUAUGGAGACACGUCCUGAGCUGGCCAGAGAAGAAGACGUGAAUAAGAAUACUCCAAUGCACCUGGCCGUACUUUGGCAUAAGAUUGAUGUGCUAAGAGUAUUGUUGGAACAUGAUCAGUCUUUAGGGUAUGUAGUCUCCACAGAUGGUAUUAGUCUCCUUAGUUAUACCGCAAAACGAGGCCAUAUUAGUAUUGCUCGAGCGCUUCUGAACCAUUGUCCAGAUGCUCCAUAUUGCGAUGCAAGUGGCUGGACAUGUCUUCACGCAGCUGUAUGGUGUGGUCACACGGAGUUCGUCAAAUUUGUCCUGGGCUCACAACAACUUCGUAAAGUCAUUAACAUGCGAGACGAAUACGGAAGAACUGCUCUGUAUCUCGCAGUCCAAAGGUGCAAUCCGAAGAUGAUUGCUGCUUUACUGCUUCACCCAGACAUAGACGUCACAGUGCUUAACAACAGAGGUGCCCCGCCUACCUGGACAUUACCUGAUGCCCUCAACAGCGCCAAGAGUUUAAAAUGGAAUGAAGUUUCCAUGCUCAUGCUGAAAGCUGACCCCAAAAGAGCAAUAUCUAUUUAUAAUCUUCAUAAGGAAAUCAAGGAUAAAAUAACUGAUGCAUCAAGAAAGGAUGUCCGGUCAUUGACUCAAACCUACACAAGCAACACUUCUUUAGUGGCAAUCCUCAUCGCGACAAUCACCUUCGCCGCUGCUUUCACCUUACCUGGAGGUUACAGCAGUGAUGCUGAAAGUCAGGGGCUUCCCAUCAUGUCAAGGAAGUUUGCAUUCCAAGCAUUCUUGAUCUCCGAUACCUUAGCAAUGUGCUCCUCACUUGCCACUGCAUUCAUAUGCGUCAUAGCAAGAUGGGAGGAUCUUGAGUUCUUGAUUUACUACAGAUCUUUUACUAAGAAGCUUAUGUGGUUUGCAUACAUGGCAACCACCACGGCAUUCGCAACUGGUUUAUACACAGUGUUGGCCCCUCGUCUUCUAUGGUUGGCUAUUGCAAUUUGCGUUCUGUCAGUUUUAUUGCCUAUUCUUACUAAGCUUCUUGGUGCAUGGCCUGUCCUCAAGCUUAGGUUUCGGUUAGGUCAAACUUUCAAGUCUGAGCUUCUUGAUAUGGUCUGAUAUCGUCACUUUGUGCUACUGAUUUUGAUUCCGGCUACUUUUAGGUCAAAUUAUUUCUUUCGACAAGUUUUGGUAUGGUAAAUGAAUGUUAUGUUAGUAGUUUGGAAUUCCGUGUAAGAUCAAA